UAAAAAUGGCGGAAAGCUUGAGCACGAUACUUCAUCGAGAAGUUGUUGUAACAGCCUCAACAGGAGUACGAUGGAAAGAAAUAACUAUCUACACUGGUGCCUCUGCCAGCACCCUGCAGGACAUCAAGGUGCCGGAGAGCUGUGGCGGCUACUGCUACCGAGAUGCUGACUCUUCAGGGCUGGAGAACUCCCCCGUCAGAAACAGAUUCAUAUACUGGAGAGCAAAUGAUGACACCCUAGAAAUGGUAGAGCAGUCACUGGACGUGAACCUGUCUGGUAACCAUGUGCGGUACAGGUUCCAGGACACACCAAUACUCAACGGCAUCUCAGUUCACGAAGCCCGCAACAGCCUUGUCAUUCUGGUCCCCACUGUGGCCAGCGUGCACAGACUCGUCUUUCCCCACCCCCUCAAACUGGACAGAAGGGAGGCUAGAUUCGCAACUGACACAUCCCCAUUGUCCAUCUUCUACGACGCCACAGUUGCCACAGCAACAGAAGCCAAAAACAUGCACAUGUUGAACCCUAGCGGAAGCAUCACAGCCCAUCUCCUCACAGCCGCCACCCACGUCACCAGCGAUGGAGAGGCACUCUUCGUCCUUGCCACGGAUGCAGGGGGGAUAAUUCAGGUCAAGAUGCCAGCCUUGGGGGUUCAAGGAGUUGUUCAGCAGCAUGAGCUGUCACAGUCCUCCAUGAUGCAGAAGUUGUGGAAUGGCCUGGUUCCUGUCCUCAUCAGAGGGGUGCAGCAAGAUGCUGGAACAGCCACUGGCAUCGUCAUCCAUUCCAUUCAUGGCGAGGACUUCAUCUUCUGCGUGUGCCGUGACCACAAACUAAGGAUGUGGUCUGCUAAGACAAGAGAGUGCAUUCUUGCCUACAGCCUGCUGGAGUUUCUGUCAUCUCGGGACCAGUCUCUGCCGCCAGUCACCAGCACCUCAGGUCAUGUGAUAAAGAAGGUGAUCAACCCCAAGAACAACUCCUUCCAGCUAUGUGUCCAUCUUACUUUCCCAGACCAGAACCAGUUCUGCCUGGUGAAGCCAGUGUACACAGACAGCAGGUUUCACAUCCAGCACCAGGUCACAGUGUUUGGCCCCUUGGAAGACCUUGUAGACUACUGCGUGACGGCUGACAAACUCUACACACUGUGGACCAGCCAGUCAGGGGAGACAAUCUCUCGAGUAGCAAUCAUUGCUGGUGACGACACAGAGUCGUGGGUGGAGGUGUUGCUGCAGCCCCAGGAGGUGGCCGACAUCCUCAUCCCCUCCUUCCGUGACCCCCGCGAUGUCUACCUGGAGAGGAUCUUCCACCCAGGCAGGUUCUCCAGUCAAGACCUGCUCAAGGCUCUCAAUGUAUACAGACGUUCCCUGGACACAGCUCUACAGGCCGAGAGUAUUGUCAGCAUGUCCAACCUGCGAGAGGAAGUUGUCAACGCUGUAGAGUCUGAGAUCCGGAACUGUGCCCUGGAUGUUGAGAUGCAGGAGGAGGACUACUACCAGCUGCAGCUGGAACAGUGGAGCAAGUUCUACUCUUGCUGUAUACAGUACAAGGAGGUUGGUGCCAAGGUGAAGGGCCUGUUCUCGGACAGUGUCACCGGGCUGGUUUGCCUCAUCAGGAAGGGGUCGGUGAGCUACGUCCGGCCAUGUGACAAGCUGGAGGAACUAUACUGUCUGCCACAGUCCCAGUUGUCCGAUGCUGACUGCGAGGAGCUGCAGCUGCCCACUGAUGACUGGAGCCUGGGCCAGGACGUGAUGAAGCUGUGUGAGUGCGUGCGUGACAUCAGCAACGAGAUGACAGAGGAGUUGUCCACACAGUUCCACACAGAGGCCGGCAUGUUCGAGUCGCCGAAAGAUGUUGUGACACCCAUGGUUGACACUCUCUUCUUCCCCCCAGGAGGUGACUCCCUGCUUGCCACGGAUGUCGGUGACCGUCUGGAGGAGAUACACAACCUGGUGUCAGCCCUGCGCGUCCUGCUUAAGAUCCUUGACCUCAGCAACCAGGAGGAGGACUUCAUGCUGGAUGACUCAGUUGUAGAUGCAUCCCGCCAGCUGAGUUGCAGCCAGCUGUUCACCAGCUCCACGUCCUCCGCCAUCCUGGCCGUCUGCCUGGAGCAGAUGUGUACAACACGGCUGUCGUUCUGCCGAGACCUCCUCGUGCUCCAGGUGGCAGCCAUCAGACUGGGAGACCAGCAUGGACUGCGACCGGAUGUGUCCUCUGUUGUGUGUGAAGACCUCAUCCCUCUCACAGGAUCACUCAUACAGAGUUAUCUCCUCCUGGUAUGGGCUUCACAGUCAGUUGUCAUUGGCAACCAAAAUACUGCCCUGGAGUUCAAUGUCAGACAGUUGGCAGCACUGGAAAUCUCUGAUACAACAAAUGUAACAUUGUCAAAGUCAAAUCUGCCAAGUGUCACUCUUGCUGAGCUGUUUAUCCAAGGUGUGGGCGGGGCACAGGGGCGCUCCAUAUUGGCUCAGAUCCCUGGUAUCGACUACCGGAGCCAAGCUGUCUGGGCCCAGCAUCUGGUCCCUCUCGUCAGAACAGUCGCCAAGAUUGUAUGGCCGAUGAGCGACAACUUCCUGUUCCCAGAGUUCCUUGUAGGUUCGUGUCAGUACCUACACCUACAGGAGUAUGUCCGUCUGCUGAGCAGCUGGUGUGAGUGGAACGUGGCAUCCAGACGCUUCCUGCUUGGGCUGUGCUACCUGCAUUUUGACGAGCCCCAGAAGGCUGCUCAGUGCUUCACCCAGGCCGGCAGCGGUGUCGGCAACGAGACGUUCCUUAGUCACAAGUUACUGCAGACAGAUGAGGAGGAAUUUCACAAGAUGGAGGUCCUGUACUAUCUCAAGGUGAUACGUCAGUUUGAGGAGUUCAACCUGCCCGACAUGGUCAUCCAUCUGGCAAAGACAGCCAUCGGAGCUGCCAGUGAGGAUGACGACAAUCUGGCAACAUUAUGGUCCAAAGUGUUCAAGUAUCAUCUGGAGCUUGGUCACAACGAGGAUGCCUACGAGGCCAUGAUCGCCAACCCGGAGCCUUCCAGACGGAAGGACUGUUUGCGGCAGUUGCUGGUUGUCCUGUGCGAGAGGGGAGAUCUGCAGGCCCUUGUUGAGUUCCCCUACAUCGACCUGCAGGACGAGGUUGUGAAUAUUCUGGAGAGCAGGGCGCGGUCAGUUGACCUCGCCACCCACAACUACUACAACCUCCUCUACUCCUUCCACAUCUACAGGAACAACUUCAGAAAAGCUGGGCAUGUGAUGUAUGAGCACGGGAUGCGACUGGGUCGGGAGCUGCCGGGCCUCAAGGGGCUCCAGAGACAGGCUCAGUGCUACCUUGCUGCUCUCAACGCCCUCCGGCUGGUCCGAGCAGAGUAUGCCUGGAUUGUCAAGCCCGUGUCUAUGUCCAAGUACAGCGAGGUGAGCUGUGACUUCUCGCCCUCCUUUGAUACCAAACCAUUUACAGGCUGUGAGAUGGUGUCUGAUGAGGAGGAUGAGCCAGGUAUCUCCCCAAAACAUGGCCUGGACGGAGCAGAGAAGGAGGCACACAGUUUGAUGCGGAAGAUGGAGAUUCUGGAGCUGGUGGAUAUUGAGAAGGAAUACAUCUUAGUGGAUGCCCGUCUCCGCCUCAUCCGCAGAAACCCAGAUCCCUCUCUUGCAUCAGGUCCGACGCCAGGCCCCGACGAGAUGGUGGGGCUCCUAGUGAACACCGGGCUGUUUGACCGAGCCAUUAUUGUUGCCAAGUACUUCAACCUAACACUCAACACUGUCUUCGAGAAUCUGGCACUCAGAUGUGUGCAUCUGGCCAAGGGAAGCAACUACUUCAUGAUCGGAGACAACGACCAGACAUCGGAGGCGUGGGACUGGUUGCAGGAGAAUCAUUUCAAUGCUGGGUCCGUGCAGAGAGACAAAAGUGCAGCAGACCAGGCCUGGACCCUGCUCCAGUGUUACCUGAACAGCUACGAGGACAGCACCGCCCGCUACCACAGAUGUGUGUCUGAGAAGCUGCUGUCUCAUGGCUUCUCCCUGCCCACCUGGUUUAUUAACUCAUACAAGGAGCUGAACUGUGCGGAGCUGCUGCGAGUGUACAUCAACUACGACCUCCUGGAAGAGGCUGCAGCCCUGGCCACCGAGUACAUCCACGCAGUGACCGACACACUGGCAGGAGUCGACCGGAUCAUGUUCAAUCUCAAGGGUUGUCGAUUGAAUGCCCAGUGUGUGUGGUUGCCGUACGUCAGUAUCGACCAACUCCUGGCUGCACUGCAUGAUCACAAGGAACAAAUAACAUACAAGAAGAUUUAUGAUGACUUGAAGCUAACUGUCACAAUGUAUCAAGAUCGUGUGGAAAGAGACAGCCGAAAUCUUUCCAGAACGUGAUAAAUGUUUCCCCAAAGUGUAAUCUGUGACUGUGUACCUAUGUGUCAAGUGACUGCCUGUGUCAAGUGACUGCCUGUGUCAAGUGACUUCCUGCUCAUCUAACAUGAGGUAGAGCUGUUUUCAUGUUAUCAUGUGACGAGGAACAAUGCCAAGACUUCAUACAGAGAAUCAAGAUCAUGUCGUCAACAUUUUAAGGUCAUUGCUGAAUCAAAAUUUCAUGAUACACGCAAUCGUACUACAAUGUAAUUAUCAUCUGUAAAAUAAAUUUCAUAUUUGCAAAUA